GAGGCUCGGUCGUCCUCCUCAGACUUCCAGAAAACACGGCGCUACACAAGUCCACACGACUGUGGUGACGACACUUACAUGUCAUUAACUUCUCUUUUCAACACAGUCGUUUUUUAAACUUUCCUCCAAAAUCUACGAGAAGCGAAAAAGAGACAAAAAGCGACGCUGAGGUGGAUCACCUGAUUCAGGGAGAGGGAUUUAUUUUCCUCCUGUUUUCCUGAUGGAGUCGUACAGAGUGACUGGCAUUCCUAACAACGGACCCCAGCGGGUCUACACUCAGCCACCGCGCUCCUCCAGGCCCCUCGGUAAUGGCGCUGGUUCAUACGGACUCAGCAUUCGUGUCCAGGGUAUAGAUGGACACCCUUACGUUGUUCUGAACAACCAGGACAAGGGUCCUCAGUCCUACGUCAACCCUAAUGGGUACAUGGAUGCAGACGAGUCUUUUAUCGAGAACUACCAGGAGUAUGAUUUCAGAGGAAGCAAGGAGGCCGGAUCUAACAGCCCCUUCAUGGAGUACAGGUCUCAGAAGGUGCUGCAUUACUCAGAUUCUCAAAAUGGUGAACCAGAUUCACAAGCAAAGAAAUCGUCCAUGCUUCUGAACUUUCAGAAGCACCCUGAGAUUCUGCAGCCCUACGACCCGGAGACCAACGCCUUGAACCUCGAUGGUUUUCACAGCCUGCCUGCAAGACCGCUGCCUGUGGCUGAGACUGGAAGGGAACGCCACAGUUCCUCUUCCAGAUCUUCUACAUCUGCUUCAUCCCAUACCUGGUCCUCAAGCAUGGGGCAGUAUAAAGCUCCUGCACAGCAAGACAAAGGGCAGCCUUCACCCCACAGCCAGAGUCAAACAGUCCUUCCAAAGCCGAGGUCACAGCCUCAGUCUGCACCGCUCACUCAGCCUCAGACCAGGUCACACUCACAAACCGCUCAGCCUCAGUCCAGACCUCGAUCCACCAAACUGAGUCCAUCUCAGUCCACGGCACCCUCCAACACUGUACAUCAGUCAGCACAGUCUCCGCCCUCCGCCGUGUCUGAUCAGACCAACAGUUCAUGUAGAUCUCCCAGCAGCGCCAUGAGCAGCACCAACUCCAGCCUCGAUCGCAGCCGCCGUGAGCCUGAUGUGCUUCCUCUGCGCAGGAGCGAUUCCAGUGGGCCGGUUCUGGAGUCCUCUUCCCACUCCCCUCACUCGUCUUCAUCCUCCACCUCUAAGGUUCUGCAGGAUGACCAAAUUGAGGCCCUGUAUGGAGACGCCAUCAAUCGCCAUGAUAACCGGCGCUACAUCCCUUUCAGCCCUGGUUCUGGCAGAGACAUCGACACAGGCUCCAUUCCUGGUGUGGAUGAGCUCAUUGAGAAGUUUGAUGGCAAAGAGAGUAGCCACCACCACAGAGGCCGAGCGGGGCGCAGGAACAGGAUCAACCCAGAGGACAGAAAACGCUCCCGCAGUGUGGACAGUGCACUUGGCCUGAGAAAGGCUUCCGGCCUCGGGGAUGAUUUGAGCCGCCAGCGCGGCACGUCAGUGGAGCACGUCCUGCGGCCCUCGCAGCUGCGGCUGCAGAGAACAGCUGGCAGUCAGGACUCGUGGCUCACGGCUGUGGACGGUAAGGUGGACUCCUCCUCCUCCUCUCAUGUCACCAGUGCGCCCGGCUCCCCUCAGAGCAGCGUCUCUAAAGGUGCCGGCUUCAUCCAGGGCUACAAAAAGCCACAGACUCACUUCUCGUCAUUACCAUUCAAGAGUAGAGAGGGUGACAACAGCGCCUCUGCAGGUGGGACGCUGUCGCUCUCUAAGCGCUCGCCCACAGCAGACGAAACAUCCAGCGCAGAAGCAGAUGUUCAGGCGACACCUGAUCUUCUGAAAGGUCAGCAGGAGCUUUCACAACAAACACAUGAAGAGACAGCAAAGCUCAUUUUGUUUAAUUACCUGAAGGAUGGAAGCAGUGACACUGAUGAAACCACAAAGAGAAAAGUCAACCUGGUGUUUGAGAAGAUUCAGACGUUGAAAUCUCGAGCCACUGCGAGCGCACAAGGAGACAACAGAUCCCUGGACGUCCCUGCACAGACCAAAGCUCUGCAAGAACAAAAUGCUGAACUGGAGAAAGAAAUGGCUGAACUCAAGAGACAAAUCCAGGAUCAAGUCAUGAAGAAUCAGGCUGCAGGUGUGAAGGAGCAGCAGCAGGAGCAGCAGCAGGAGCAGCAGCAGGUGCAGCAGCAGGAGCUGCAGCAGGAGCUGGAGCAGGAGCUGGAGCGCAAAACAAACGAGUGCAAGCGUUUGAGGGAAAAACUAUCCAGGACAGAGGCUGAGCUGCAGACCACUGUUGAAGAGCUGUUCCAGGUGAAGAUGGAGAGGGAACAGUUCCAGACGGAGAUCAGAGACCUGCAGGACCAGCUGUCAGAGAUGCACGACGAGCUCGACUCAGCCAAGAAAUCAGCUGCUGAUGGAGAGAAAGACGCCAUCAUCACGGACAUGAUGCAGCUGAAGGUGGAGAUGCAGGAAGUUCUCCUUGCCAAGGAGGAGCAAGAGGAAGUGCUGAGGAGGCGAGAGAGGGAGCUGACGGCUCUGAAAGGAGCCCUGAAGGAGGAAGUGGCCGCUCACGAUCAGGAGGUCGACAAGAUGAGGGAGCAGUAUGAGAAGGAAAUAAGCCGUCUACAGACGUCUUUGGAGGAGGCCAAGCAGAGCAGCGCAGUGAUGGUCCAAGAGAAGGCUGAAGUGGAGGCAGCCAAGGGUGCUGUAGAGGGUCAAGCAGGACGACUGAGUCAGGAGGCCGAGCGGCUGCGCAGGCGAGCACAGGAGCUGGAAAAUGAGGUGACCAAACUCAACCGCAUCAUCGAUGAGGCCAAGCUACAGGAGAGCAGGCUGGGGGACAGAGUCAGCAGGCUGGAGAGAGAGAAAAAACAAGUGGAAGAGUCACUGGCUGAAAUUCAAGAGCAAGAAGAGGAGAUGUCUCGUGCCAACAGAGCACUGAGUGUACGGCUGGAGGACGUCCAGAGGAACCUCACCAAACUGAACAGUGAGCACAAGGAGUUAGAGCAGCGGUUACAAGAAGAGAGGACUCAGAAGGAGCAUUUCAAGGACAUGAAGAACGACAUUGAAGAUGAGAGGAGGCUGCUCGACCGCACAGUCGAGAAACUUCAGAGGGAGAUGAGUGAUAUUGUGGACGCGUCGCAGUCGUCCACUCGGGAGCUGCAGGAGCAGAUCGAUAUUUACAAAGAGAAGAAUCGUCGGGAGCUCGCGGAGCUGCAGAGGCUUUUGAAGGAGAGAGGACUGGAGCUGGACAAGUACCUGCUGCUUACCCAGAGCCUGCAGGACGAGUUGUCACGUCGGGAGGAAAACCUUCAGCAGUGUCAGAGGGAGCGAGACGAGGCCGAGCUGCGGCAGAAGAUGCUGGAAGAGAAGCUUCAUGAUCUGGAGGCGGAGGCGGAGACGCACACACACACUAAAGAUGAGAAGAGCCGGCACAUCAAACUCUUAGAGGAAAGGGUUGCUCAGCUGGAGUUGGACCUGGAUGAAGAACAUCAUAGUGGUGACCAGCUGAUGAACCGGAUAGACCGGGGACGAGAGCAGGUGGAGCAGAUGAGGAAUGAACUCCUGCAGGAGAGGUCUAGCAGACAGGACCUGGAGUGUGACAAGAUGGCUCUGGAGAGACAGAACAAAGACCUGAAGAGUCGAGUGUCUCAUCUCGAGGCCUCGCAGAAGUCCAGCAAAGAAGGUCUGGUCGCUCAGCUGGAGGAUCGAGUCCAGGAGCUGGAGGAGCGGCUGGAGGGAGAGGAAAGGGAGCGUGGAAACCUGCAGGUGGCGAACCGUCGUCUGGAGAGGAAGGUAAAAGAGAUGGUGAUGCAAGUGGAAGAAGAACAUCACUCGCUGCAAGAUCAAAAGGACCAGCUGAAUCUGCGUCUGAAGGCCCUGAAGAGGCAGAUGGACGAGGCUGAGGAGGAGAUCGACCGCCUGGAGCACAGCAAGAAGAAGCUGCAGAGAGACCUGGACGAGCAGCAGGAGGUGAACGAGCAGCUGCAGAGCCAGCUCAAAGCUCUGCGCAGUGACAUCAGGCGUAAGACCUCCUCUGCUCCGCUGCUCAACGCGCUCGACGACGACGACGACGACGACGACGACAUCAGCACUGACGGAGAGACGUACUUCAGCUCGACGUCAGGAUACAAACGCUCGUCCAGUCAGGACAACAUCCUGUCCACCUUCUCGUUGUAAACGGGUCCGUGGACGUCCAUGAAUCCACUCUGAGGUUCACGGACGACGUCUUUAUUUUGUCCAGUAGAAAAUGAAAUGUACAUUUUGUUAAAUUGACUCAUUUUACAGACUUUGCUUCAUUAACACGUGUUUGUCCGUGAUUAUUUUAGCGUUAGUCAAGUUUAAAAAAUGCUCUUUUAUGCACUGUAACAACAACACAUCACAACUGCCUGUGAACAAGAGGAAGUUAUUAACCUUUUAUGCCUUUAAGUAUGUCACAUUUAUAUUUAGCAUCUAAAGACACGCUUUUGUAUCAUUCCUUUAAAUUUAAAUAUAUUCAGCUUUUUUUUAAUGAAUGAAUGAAUGAAUGAAGAUCAAAUCCAAAAAAAUCUGAAGGAUCAAGAAGUUUGUUUUUAUUUAUUCGAGGCUGAAAAUACAAAAUCCCAGCUCGUGAGGUUUUUAGGGAACCAUGAAUGAGGGACUAUUUUUAUACAGUUUUAUAGAAGUGACGACCAAUUAUACUGUGGCUCCAUUACUAUUCAUUAUUCACUCGUUGUCAUUAGAAGUGAUUUUGUAAUUUAGUCACAGUGUUGUUUAUAUUUAUCUGCCUCGAAGUUUGCUUUUAUUUUACUGAACUUAACAAAGAACAAAGCUGCAGAUAUCAAAACUCUUCUGUCCUCACUGUGGACGCAGUUCCAGUCUUAAACCUCUCGUGUGUGUGUGUGUGUGUGUGUGUGCGUGUGUGCGUGUGUGUGUGAGAGUGUGUGUGUGUGUGUGUGAGAGUGAACGGUGUCACUGUACUCUCCAGUCCUUCCAGGUCCAGUUAAAGAACUUUAACUUUCCUAAACUGACAAUCGUUGUCUUCACUGUGAUGAUUUGCACUCUCUGUUCUCAGUGGUGACGUCGCUGUGACGCCUGUGGAGGGCGAGAGUGAAAGUUCCGCCUCUACCUCUGUACACACGUUGUUGUUCAUAAAUCCUGCUGACACUCAAAUAAACUUACUUCCACUUACUCUCA